AUGAGAAGAGAUGGUCUCAGAGUGGCGAUCGAGGCAUGGAAUCAAUGCAAUGAGGUGGGUGAAGAAGCUCCCAACAUGGGAAGUCCCAGGGAGGCAGAUUGCUUUGAUGUCCAUAAUUUCAGAAAACACAUGAAGCUAGUUCACAGAGUGAACGAGAAAGUGAAUAAAUUGUCAAACGCCACAAUCCAAGGAUUAGGCAACAUGAAUGUUAAUCAGUUUGCAGCAUGGAAAGAGAAAUACUUAGGCUACAAAUGCCAAGUACAAGAAUUUCCCAAGCCAUGGCAGUUUUGGAUGAUAAUGCUCAAGAGUGGCAACAUGGACACAUUAGCCGCCGUAUGCCCUGAAAAUGGCAAGAAAUCAAAACCCUUUCCUCCGACGCCCCGGUUUCCAUGCUUUGGCAAAGGUUGCAUGAACAUGCCACUGAUAUAUCACAAUUACACAAGUUUACAAGGAAGAACCUUAAGUGGAAGAUUCUAUGGAACAUGGGAUUUGGAUGCUGAUAUUAACAAGGCAGCUACCAAGAAUGACACUUCCUUCUAUUCAGUGACUUGGAAGAAGGAGCUUGGAAAGGGAAGUUGGGUUUUCCACCAUGUCUUGAAGACUUCAUCAAAGUACCCCUGGUUGAUGCUGUACUUGAGGUCAGACGCCACAACAGGAUUCUCCGGCGGGUAUCAUUAUGAAACAAGAGGGAUGUCAAAAAUCGUAAGUCUGAGAACCAAUUCCUUGUACCCUCAUUAA